AUGGAGAACGAGCAGUCAUAUGUAUCGAUCACCACAGCAGCAAGGAUAUUUCUAGACUCAGCACAGCAAUGCAUUCAGCAGCCAGUCAACCUGGCGCCCCGGGAGAUCAUGCUUCUUCAGGAUCAGCUCGGACGGUUUUCAAUAUGGGCUUCAGAAACAGGAGUCUUCGCCCCGCGCAGAGCCUCCUUGGACCAUCGCCUUCGUUAUGUACCCGAGAUUCAACGUUUGGUGCGGGGGCUACUGGAGACAUUGGACGAUCAUCUGCACCACUAUCUAUCGCAACAGAAUGAGGAACGGGAUCUAUCGGCCAUAGCAAAGGACCUGACGCUGCUGUAUCGACUGUCAAACACGAUUCGGAGAGCCAGCCGCGAUAGUCAAAACUUGAGGGCCGCAGAGCACUUUCGGAUUGAGGACGAGGAGGGUAACGAUGUCGGGGCAGCGUGGCGGGAUACUUUUGCCGCCGAGGUAAUUCGAAGGAAGUGGCCAAAGUGUGAUGACUGGCUCAGGGAGCGACUGGCAACAGCAAUGUUGCUGCGUAGGAAGCGUGUGCUAUAUCGACGAUUUCGUCAUGACAAGGCGAGAAUGGACCAGUCGGUGCCCGGGCGAGACGCCGAGGAUCAAGGUCAGAAGCCGGAGGUGGACCACGAGCAUGUUAAGAAACGAGAAAGAACGUCCGCUCGCAGUGCUUCGGGGUCGAGGGCCACCACCUCAGCGACCACGCUGACUCCCGAGCAAUUUAGAAAGGCAUCGGCUCCCUCGGUCCUGGGGACCACAAGGACCACCCGCAUGAACACCCAAGAAGAGUCUCUAUAUCCUCCCGCGCCAAAAGGUGAGAUCAUCGAGCGGCUUGAGACUCUAGAGAAAGAGCGGAGCACAUCCAUCGAGGAUGGCAGUCAGCACUCGAGUAGCCAGGAUGCGGAGCUUGGCCGACGAGAGAAUAUCAUUGCAGAUAGGUACGCGAUCUUGAGAAACUCGGAGGUCGUCUGUCCUUAUUGCUGUUGCACCCUCUCCGGGGCGGAUGUGAUGGACGAUCGUAAAUGGAGGAACCAUCUCAAACACGAUCUAGACGCAUAUGUCUGCCUCUUUGAAGAAUGCGCCACGAAUAUGAUAUUGUAUAGUCACAGUGAGGAAUGGCUCAACCACCUGCGCGAGCACAAGGUUCGAUGGCGCUGCACAGCCAAGGCUCAUGGGAUCCUGAUCUUCGAGGACCAAGCCGACUAUUUGGACCAUAUCCGGAACAAGCACAAGGGAUCGGAGUCUCAGCUUCGCUACCUGACCGAACGUGGCAGCCAGCCGUCUGGACCGCUCUUUGUAACCUGCCCACUAUGCAGCGCUGAGGCCGCUAAGUUGAAUAUUCCUAUUGAAGACCAUAUUGCAAGUCAUCUCCGGUAUCUAGCUCUUCAGUCGCUGCCGUUCGUGGAAUAUAACGCUCAAGCUUCUGGGGAGGAUGGAUCACUACCAUCAAGCGACGGCGAAAGAGGAAGCCGCAGCACACUCAAUGAUUUCGAUGGUGACCUUUCGUUCGACUCGGCCGAUGAGCCCCAUAACCCAUUCGAUUCGCAUCAUGAUGAAGUGCCUUCUUUUGCUGCUGAUUCUGGACCUAAGCGAGAUGUCCCACUGUUUGCGGAGUUACAAAAAUUAUUUGAGACAAUUGAGAAAAAUCAAUUAUCCGCUUCGAAAAACUCUUUGAUCGAAAGUAAAGCUGAGCAAGUCGGCAUCGACAGAACAAUCGAUGCAUCUAAUGACCCAGCUCAGUCAUAUCCAUCAUCGCCUCCUGCAAGUCUAGAUAUGACGUCCAGCGAUUCCGCCAAGGGUGAGUUAAUUGCUAGCUUGGAAAAGUUGAUUAUGGAAGAAAGGGCUGGAAGCCCCGGGCGAGAGGAAACUGCUUCAAGGCUUCAACGAGCGACAGCCGAAGAAGACACGACUUCAGAAAUCAGGACAUCCAGCGCCGCCCGCUUGCUGGAAGUCGCGCGAAAGGAGGCUUCAGACAGCCCAGACCGCACAAGGUUGACUGUCAAAUUCAGGGAUGCAGUAGGGAGGAGACUCUCGUUUCCAUUUGACGCAUGUCGCACGUGGGAGGGCAUGGAAAGUCUCAUAAGACAGUCCUUUUCAUACAUGGAGGAGCUAGAGUCUCACGUUGCGGCAGGGCAUUAUGAUUUGGUCGGUCCCAAUGGAGAUAUCAUUCUACCUCAAAUUUGGGAAUCUUCUAUUCAACCAGGUUGGGUUAUCACCAUGCAUAUGUGGCCACUUUCCGGAAGGCCAGUCACGCCUUCGUCACCAGGUGAGCCCUCGGUUCCGCCUGACAAUGAGGCGGUCUCAGUACAGCCCACGGGCCCAGAAACCGCAGGGCACGACAUGCCUAAGCCACGGGCGCCCGAUCCUGGGUCAUUCGCAAUGUGGAUGGUGGGGGGCAAGGUGAUGCCCAAGAAGGCUGCCAAGGGGAAAAAAUAUUGA